CUGUUACAGCUGAGGCAGACCUGCCGGGCCAGCUGAGCAACUUCCCUCCGGAGUGCUGGCUGCCGCUGGCUGGCCGUGCCGGUGUCUCAGAGGCAAAAGGCAAGAGGCAGAGCUGCUACCCAUUCGGGGACCCUGCCGCUGCCCUUCUGAGGGGUCCACGCCUCCUGGGAGUGGGUGGGUCUCUGGGACAAGGGUCUAUGGUGGAUGGCUCUGGAGACGUUCCGAGGCUGUGCCAUCCCCCUGCCGCACAGGACAGGUUGGAGGGUCACGGCGGUGGAAGCUACUGGGGCCAGGGCUGGGGCCAAGGGAGCCUGCGCUGGAGCCCCAUGUGGAACCCAAGGACGCAGCCACCCUGCUGAGAGCACGGCGGCCCAUCCUUCAAGACCGUGACCUCGAGACGGUGGCCCUCAGCCCUCCACCUCCGGCGGGGUCGGGGGCUGCCCACCUCCAAGUCCCCAGCAAUGACGACCUCCGCACUCCGGCGCCAGGUGAAGAACAUCGUGCACAACUACUCCGAGGCAGAGGUCAAGGUGCGCGAGGCCACUAGCAAUGACCCCUGGGGCCCGCCCAGCUCUCUCAUGUCAGAAAUCGCUGACCUGACCUUCAACACGGUGGCCUUUGCCGAGGUCAUGGGCAUGCUGUGGCGGAGGCUCAACGACAGUGGCAAGAACUGGCGGCACGUGUACAAGGCGCUGACACUGCUGGACUACCUGCUCAAGACAGGCUCUGAGCGGGUGGCCCACCAGUGCCGAGAGAACCUGUACACCAUCCAGACGCUCAAGGACUUCCAGUAUAUUGACCGUGAUGGCAAGGAUCAGGGUGUCAAUGUGCGAGAGAAGGUCAAACAGGUGAUGACCCUCCUCAAGGACGAGGAGCGCCUGCGGCAGGAGCGAACCCAUGCCCUCAAGACAAAGGAACGCAUGGCGCUGGAGGGCAUGAGCAUCGGCAGCGGGCAGCUAGGCUUCAGCCGCCGUCACGGUGAGGACUACGGCCACCCCCGAGGUUCCCCGUCCUCCUAUAACUCCUCCUCCUCAUCCCCCCGCUACACCUCUGACCUGGAGCAGGCCCGGCCUCAGACGUCAGGAGAAGAGGAGCUGCAGCUGCAGCUGGCCCUGGCCAUGAGUCGAGAGGAGGCUGAGAAGCCAGUUCCCCCAGCCUCCCACAGGGACGAGGACCUGCAGCUGCAGCUGGCUCUGCGCCUGAGCCAGCAGGAGCACGAGAAGGAGGUGAGGUCCUGGCAGGGAGAUGACUCCCCCAUAGCCAAUGGUGCAGGGGCCACUGGCCGCCUACGGCAGGACAGAGAGCCGGAGAGAGAAGAGAAAAAGAAGGAGAAGCUGAAAACCAGCCAGUCCUCCAUCCUGGACUUGGCCGACAUCUUCGUACCUGCCCCGGCCCCGCCCUCCACACACUGCUCUGCUGACCCAUGGGACAUCCCAGGUCUUAGGCCAAACACAGAGGCUGGUGGUUCAUCCUGGGGGCCUUCUGCAGACCCCUGGUCUCCAGUCCCCUCAGGAAAUGUCCUGUCCCGAAGCCAGCCCUGGGACUUGACUCCUAUGCUCUCCUCCUCUGAGCCCUGGGGCAGGACCCCAGUGCUGCCUGCUGGACCCCCAACCGCAGACCCAUGGGCACCGACCUCUCCCCACCACAAACUUCCAAGUGCUGGGGCUGACCCUUGGGGGGUCUCCAUGGACACCUCUGACACACCUGGUGGUACCUCGACCUUUGACCCAUUUGCCAAACCUCCAGAAUCCACAGAGACCAAGGAGGGCCUGAAGUGUGCCCAGGCUCCACCUUCUGGGAAGCCCAGCAGCCCUGUGGAACUGGACCUGUUUGGAGAGCCCAGCCCCAGUUCUAAGCAAAAUGGCAUGAAGGAGCCAGAUGCCUUUGACAUGGGAGUACUAGGGGAAGCACUAACGCAGCCCAGCAAGGAGACCCGGGCGUGCGGGACUCCUGAGUCCUUCCUGGGGCCCUCAGCCUCUUCCUUGGUCAACCUUGACUCGUUGGUCAAGGCGCCCCAGGCUGCAAAGACUCGGAACCCCUUCCUGACAGGUCUCAGCGCUCCAUCCCCCACCAACCCGUUCGGCCCUGGCGAGCAGGGCAGGCCUACACUGAACCAGAUGCGAACCGGGUCGCCGGCACUGGGCCUGGCGGCGGGCGGGCCCGUAGGGGCGCCCCUGGGCUCCAUGACCUACAGUGCCUCCCUUCCCCUCCCGCUCAGCAGCGUGCCGGCCGGCGUGACCCUCCCCGCCUCGGUCAGCGUCUUCCCCCAGGCCGGCGCCUUUGCGCCACAGCUCGCCGGCCUCCAGCAGCCACUGCUGCCCACGUCUGGUUCCGCGGGGCCGCUGCACCCGCCCUCUCAGCCCGGCACCAACCCGUUCCUCUGAGCGCCGCUCCACCCCAGGCCUGCUGGCGCAGGCGCGCUUCGCCUCCGGGCUGGAGCCGGGAGGUGGUGCGUGUUGAACACUGGUACAAACUUCGGUGACCCGGCCCUAAAGCAGCUCCAGAACCUAGAGACUGGCGAUGACCUGGGAGCUGGAGACUGAACGCACCCAUAAUAAAGACCAGACGCCUAGCCCUCUGCUCUCACCAAGUGGACUUACUGCGGGGCGUGGCUGCCGGGUCUGGACCACAACAAGGAUUACCCGCGGCAGAGGAAACUACUCCUCCAUCUGGGUCCCCAAACUGCUCCCACACCCUCUGUAGCUCCUUUCAACUCUCCUCACCCUCAUCCCCCAUCAGCGUGACACCUUCGCUUCCAGAUGCUCCUAGGUUCUCGCUGAUUCGAUGAAUUCAUUUAUCACACGUAGGCACUGAGGGUGACCUAACAGCAAGGGACAAUAGGCGUUUGGUUCCAUUUAUUGAACACUCAUGUGCUAAGCACUUUAGGCAGAUCAGUUCGUUUAAUCCUUGAAACGUCUCUCUGAGGUACAUAACGUCACUCUCACCCAGAUCACCUGCAUAAUUCGUGAGCCCAGUACAAAAUGAAAAUGGGGGUCUCUGUUCAAAAUUGGGUUAAGAAUUUCAAAAUGGGGACAGCAGCAUAAAACCAAGCUCAAAGCCCUCUGAGGUGUGACUGCACAGGUUUCUCAUUCUGGCAGCUGGCGCUGCUCUCAUUUUGCAAGCAAGGACACCUGGGCACAGAGAGGUUAAGUGGCAUGCUGGAAGUCACAAAGCUAGCACAGAGAGAGGCUGGAACUCAAGAGUCAGACAGUCUGGCUCCAGGGCAGGAGCUCUAUAUUUAACUUAGCAAAUACUGAGCGACUGCUGUGAGCAAAGUGCUGUGCUCACCUGGGAGGGAUCCAGGAAUUGCUAAACCCACAACCUCUAGGAGCUCAGAGCUUAUUAGCAGGGCAGAUAAGCCAGAGGCCCGUGGCAUGGGGUAGGUGCAGGAGCUCCUGUGUCUUACCCAGUCAUCUUAAAUCCAGCUUUACCUUCUCACCAGGGCUGGCAAGAAACUCAACCUUAGCCAAGGAGUCUGAUCCCUAUGUGGGCUCUGGGUUACCAAGGGUAGGGGCAGGUUUGGUACAUCGGGGGGGGGGGGCUUUCACAUAGUCAUUCUUACUCUUUUUCUGGCCCCUGAUCACUGGACCACUGGAGACUGAUGUGUCCUCAGUGCUAAGGUCUGUCUCUGCAAGCAGUCUACAGCCACCCCCAGCUUUCUUUUGGGGUGCUAUGGGCAAACAGCUUUUCAUAGGCCAGAAAUGCCAAAUUCAGUGGGGUGGGCACAAUGCUAUUCUCCUUCCUGAGGUAGGGGUUGGGGGAAGUAGUCCCACAGUAGCAGAUAGAAUAGACAAGAACACUGGCUUAGGAGUCAGACUGACUGUUCAAAACUGCUCCAAGGUUUGAACCUAAUAAUAGUAAUCACUUAAUAAUAAGUGGUUAUGAUCUCUGACCUUGAGUAAAUUACUUA